UGGCGUCUGGCUCGCCCGUCAGUCCUGCCCGCUUCCCGGGGGCUUCCAUUCAUUCCGGGCCAGAGGAGCUGCGCCCCCGCCCGACAGCCCCGCAUGGCGGGGAGCCCGGAGGAGCAGCUCCGGGCCCGAGUUCGGGGCCCGGAGGAAGUCUGGUGUUGCCCGGGCGCAGAGUGAAACUGGGAGCGUCCCGAUGGAGGCCCCGGUGGUCCCAGAUGCUGCCCUUCGCCUCCUGCCUCCCCGGCUCGCUGCUGCUCUGGGCGCUGCUGCUGCUGCUCCUGGGGGCAGCGUCUCCCCAGGACUCGGAGGAGCCCGACAGCUACACGACGUCAACGAGUGCCUGACCAUCCCCGAGGCCUGCAAGGGGGAGAUGAAGUGCAUCAACCACUACGGGGGCUACUUGUGCCUGCCCCGCUCGGCCGCCGUCAUCAACGACCUGCACAGCGAGGGGCCGCCGCCGCCAGUGCCCCCCGCCCAGCACCCCAACCCCUGCCCGCCAGGCUACGAGCCCGAUGAGCAGGAGAGCUGUGUGGACGUGGACGAGUGCGCCCAGGCCCUGCACGACUGCCGCCCCAGCCAGGACUGCCACAACCUGCCCGGCUCCUACCAGUGCACCUGCCCCGAUGGCUACCGCAAGAUUGGGGUUGAAUGUGUGGACAUAGACGAGUGCCGCUACCGCUACUGCCAGCACCGCUGCGUGAACCUGCCCGGCUCCUUCCGCUGCCAGUGCGAGCCCGGCUUCCAGCUGGGGCCCAACAACCGCUCCUGUGUGGACGUGAAUGAGUGUGACAUGGGGGCUCCGUGUGAGCAGCGAUGUUUCAACUCCUACGGGACCUUCCUGUGUCGCUGCCACCAGGGCUACGAGCUGCACCGGGAUGGCUUCUCCUGCAGCGAUAUCGAUGAGUGCAGCUACUCCAGCUACCUCUGCCAGUACCGCUGCGUCAACGAGCCAGGCCGCUUCUCCUGCCACUGCCCGCAGGGCUACCAGCUGCUGGCCACGCGCCUCUGCCAAGACGUUGACGAGUGUGAGUCCGGUGCACACCAGUGCUCUGAGGCCCAAACCUGUGUCAACUUCUAUGGGGGCUACCGCUGCGUGGACACCAACCGCUGCGUGGAGCCCUACGUGCAGGUGUCCGACAAUCGCUGCCUCUGCCCGGCCUCCAACCCGCUGUGCCGCGAGCAGCCCUCCUCCAUCGUGCACCGCUACAUGAGCAUCACCUCGGAGCGGAGCGUGCCCGCCGACGUGUUCCAGAUCCAGGCGACCUCCGUCUACCCCGGCGCCUACAACGCCUUCCAGAUCCGCGCUGGGAACUCGCAGGGGGACUUCUACAUCAGGCAAAUCAACAACGUCAGCGCCAUGCUGGUCCUCGCCCGGCCCGUGACGGGCCCCCGGGAGUACGUGCUGGACCUCGAGAUGGUAACCAUGAACUCCCUCAUGAGCUACCGGGCCAGCUCGGUGCUGAGGCUCACCGUCUUCGUGGGGGCCUACGCCUUCUGAGGAGGGGACAGCUGUCGGAGGGGGAGUCCCUGUAGCCGAGGAGCCUGAGGCUCAGGGAGGACCGCGUUCUGCUAAAAGGGAAGAUGCUGUUGUGAAGGGCAGAGGGAGGAAGGCAAUAAAGGGAGAAAGAAGGAGUCCUGGUGGCUGAGGGGGCGGGCAAUGCUGCAGUGAACCCCAGGCUGGGGAAGGGGCCAGGCUUGUGGGAGGCCGGUCAAGUCCGCCUACAGUGGGGGUUGGCUCAGGCUGAGGGGACCCCUUUGGCAGGAGUUGGGAGCUGUGUCCCCAAGGCUGGGAUUGGUCUCUAUACCGCGGGUAUCAGAGUCAUCCUGAAAAGGGAGGACCGAGGUGCAGGCUCCAGGCCGCGGCUGGUGUGCAGGGACCCUGGUUCAGUCCUACCUGGGCCUCAAACUGUCCAUUGGACAAACCCUCAUAGCGCCCUGGGACUCAGCUUUCCAGUCCAUAAAAUGAGGCGCUUUGACUGUUAGUGCUUUUUAAACGUUUCUUUUCCAAGCGACA